AUGGUAACGAAACGGUACAGUGUGGUGUCCAUGUUACUAUUGAUAGCGAUCUUUAAGGAUAUCUUCUGCAGUGGACAGGAAGGCGAAGCAACAACAAGUGAUCCCGAUCUGGACGAUAUGGAGUACGAUCGGGAUAACGAGGGUGACUCACUCAUCCCACCGCAGAUCACGCUGCGAACCGAUCAUGGUGAUCCUGUGCCAACAGUGCAAGUGCCGGGCAAGGAUGGAGAGUUUGUGCCGAUGACUCGCAUGGACGUGCAGGAGUGCAAGAACAAUGCGAGUUACUACGAGGCCACUAAGUACGUGCAGUGCUACCUAUACCGGGCGAACGCUAGCGAGAACCGGUACGAAUUCCACUUCAACGGGCUUAGCUCGAUCAUUCAGGCUGGUUUCCGGCGUGAUCUUCCAACGGCCAUUCUCGUGCACGGUUGGCUCGGUAGUUCGGAGUCGGUCGUGAUUGAGCCUCUCGCAAAGGCACUGCUGGCACAAGACGACAAAAACGUCAUUGCCGUGGACUGGGAACAGGGAGCCAGCACCUUGCUUUAUCCGGUGGCCCGUUACCGGGUGCCGAAGGUUGCCAGCCUUGUGGCCACGCUAAUCGACAAUCUCGUGACGGGGCUGGGGCAAGAUAUCGACCGCGUGGGUAUCAUCGGGCACAGCCUUGGCGCACACAUCGCAGGUAUCGCCGGCAAGAAAGUACACUCCGGAAAGAUUGGAUAUAUUGUCGGGCUAGAUCCAGCAUCGCCCCUGUUCCGAUUGAAGAAACCCGCCGAGCGACUGUCAGCGGACGACGCGCAGUACGUCGAAAUUAUCCACACCAACGGAAAGGCACUUGGUUUUUUCCGCAACAUCGGUCAGGCCGAUUACUACCCCAAUGGAGGCGUAAGACAACCGGGUUGUGGCCUUAGCCUGACCUGUAGUCACCAGCGUGCUGUGGACUUCUUCAAGGAAUCGCUGAAAAUCCGCGACUAUUACGCCCGACGAUGCGACGGUCUCACAAACCUUGGACCGAGCUGUUCCACGUACAAUACGGCGCUGGGCGGUUUGAUCUGGAAAUCAUCGAAACCCGCGGGUGUCUAUUACAUUUCGACAGCACCCAACGAGCCAUUCCUCCGAAGCAAGUCUGCUGAAGCGACAUCUACAACCUGGCUCAUCGUCUCACUAUCGCUGAUUUCGACGUUGUUGAGUAGUUAGCCUUACACUAGAGUGUGUUCUAAGAAAUAAACGUGUAUGCUACUACAGUGUGUACAGUACUACAUCACACAAUUGCAUUCACGAGACGAUUUACUACAACUCUACGGUGACAAUUCCAAAACGGAUGACACACAUUGUGUUUGCAUGCGAUCGAAUUACGUCGACGUCGUGGGAACGUUAAAGAUCAGCCCCUGGAUUGAUGAUUGCUGUUACUGACGUUGGGUUAUUUACAUAACUUCUACAUUGCAAGCGGAUUAUUUCAAUUGGUUGAAGAUCACUGUACGUUUGAUACGAUCCUAUUGACGAAAUGCUAGAUUAUGAACUGAUUGGAUCAGAGAGAAAGAGUUAGAAAGAGCACAUAGAGAGCAAGAGAAAGCGGGGCACGCGAUAUCAAACUCACUCGACAUUUUCGAUUUGCUACAUCUGGUGAAUCCAACCGUUAUUUAAUUCUUUCCAUUCUUAUAGUGUGCUAAAUUAAAAUACUUACCUGUGUGUGUAGAUAUUUGUAAAUAUUACUUGCGUUAAAUCCGCUCAUUGGAAUCCAAAAGCAAU